CAGUUCGACACCUCGGACCUCCCGUCUCCUCGAAAGGGGUCCAGCGUUGAUUUGACGCCACUGAGAGCGAUCAGUCACCGCGUGCAGGUGCUAGAGCGAGCGUGUAAACACACGCGGCGGCGAGCGAUCGUUGAAGAAGGACGGGACAUUGUCGGGAGUGGGCAGGAAGCGGCUCGGCUCGGACUAUGUAAGACGACGAGGCGGCGGCCGAGGGGUCCGAUCGAGCCGAGUUCUCGUCGAGUCGAGACCGACGAGAGUCGGAGUAGUGUCCGAUCGGCCGUCGUGGCGCGUUGAGUUCCUCCGCAUCGAAACGGGAAAUUCAUCCAUCCAUCAACCUGACUUCGCCCGGGUGAUUUCGGAUAAAAAGCUCGAGGAGCAAGAAUGGGGCUCGUGAGAUGAGAGCCUCGUCUACGAGAAGGUGGUGAAGUGGUGACAAGUUUAAUCGGUAGUGCGGUUCUUUAAGUCCUUCGGAGCGAGAAAGACGGAUCGACACGCGCGUAGAUUGGAGUUAUUUUUGUCGAGAUACGAGAUCUAGAUUAUAUAUCGUUAUCUCGUUGGAAAGAAGAGAGAUGGAAGAAGACACGACGACGUACAGCGUUCUCCUUAUGUCGAAGAUCGGCGCGAUGAUCGGUCUGGGUUUCGGUUCUCUGGCCCUGGGAACUUUGCCGCUGAUCGUGGGACGUUGCAGGGCCAAGAAACGACUUCGGAAACAAUCCCGGCCGAUCUCGUCCGAUCGCUCCAGCACUUCGUCAUUUCCGGGCGUCGACUCGGCUUCCGCGGCGAACAAACAAGGUCUUCUGACAUCGCUACUGCUUUGCUUCGGCGGUGGAGUGCUCCUAUUCACGACGUUUUUACAUCUGGCACCGGAAGUGCGCGAGAGCGUCGAGAUCCAUCAGUCGAACGGGCAGCUGCCUACCCUGGGCUCUCUCGGUCUCGCGGAGUUGCUCUUCUGCGGCGGCUUCUUCCUCGUCUACCUGGUCGAGGAAGCGGUGCACGCGGCCCUCACGGGAAAACCCGAGUCUUCGGAGGCUCUGCUCUAUCGGACCGUCUCGGUGCGCAGAUGCAACAAUAAUCAGACGGGUCCGUCGACCUUGAGCGGCUCCACCGCCACUGUUUCCACGACGAGAUCCACGGUAUGGAAGGACCACGACGACCUCGAGGACAAGGAGAGCCAGGCGGGCCUUGAACGAUCGAAACUCGACGAAUUGCGGAACCACGUGACCAAGGACGAUAAGGUCCUGCCGGCUAUAUUCGUCCUGUCGCCGGUCGCGUUAUCCAGCGAGGGACGUCAGGUCGUCGAGAGACGAUCCGAUCCGGAACUGGCAAUGUCGGAACUCAACUAUUCGCCGAUCAAGCAUCAUCAUCAUCACCAUCAUCACCAUCAGGAUCAUCGCAACAAUCAUCAUGAUCAUAAUCAUCACCAUCAUCAUCAUCAUCAUCAUCAUCAGCAGCAGCAGCAUCAUCAGCAUCAGCAUCAUGGCGCGAUAACGCAAAAUACCUCGGUGCAAGGUCUGUUAACCGUGCUCGCAUUGUCCUUCCACGCGAUAUUCGAGGGUCUGGCGGUAGGAUUGGAACCCUCCAUCAGUUCGGUCGUUUAUCUGGCGGCCGCCAUCGCGACCCACAAACUAGUUAUUUCCUUCUGCGUCGGGAUGGAGCUCUACGUAGCUGGCGCGUCCACGCGGGCUACCCUCGGAUAUCUGUCAGUCUUCUCCAUGGUGACGCCGAUUGGGAUUGGGAUUGGGCUGGCACUGGGCCACUUCAAGAACGACAGCGAAACCCUGGGACCAACGCCGACCAUUCUGCAGGGCAUGGCGGCCGGAACUCUGCUCUAUGUGGUCUUCUUCGAGGUGUUGGCGCGCGAAAGAGCGAACGAGAAGAGCGGGUUGUUGCAGCUGAUGGCGAUCAUCGUCGGGUUCACGCUGAUGCUGGGUCUGCAAAUCGCCACCGCUCAUUCGCACAGUCACGAUCACGGCCAGGGUCACGGACACUCGCACGGGGAGAUGGAGGAGGACCACGAUCACGAUCACGACCACGAGCACGAUCACACGCACCCGGUUGCGGACGCGAUCGACAAGGUGACCGUCAGCCUCGCCGAGGCCCUCUCCAACGCUCUCACAUCCUCGACGACGUUACGGUCGAGGGAUAUCAACGAAACCGCGCCGUUGCACCCUCAUCACAGUUAGGGAUCGACCCUGCUUUUCCGCGAGUUUCCACGGCUGUGUCUUCAGCAAGGGAGAUUCGGUCUCUCGCAGAUCUCGACGGAUCACGAUGUCGCCCUUUGCCAAGAAAAGAGAGAGAGACGUCCCUCGUCUAUUUUCUUCAUCCAUUUUGGAUUUCGAGGGAAAACAGAGGAAGCCGAGGAAAAAAGAUAGGGCUGAUGGAUCCUUCUCUAUACAUGUCGAUCGUGAUUGAUUCUAUUCCGCGAUGCGACAAUGGAAUACACGUAUUGCAUUGCGUAUGUCGGAUAGGUGUCCUUUUACCGCUGCUCCGAUUGGAAAUUGUACGAUGACGCAAAAAAAUAUUUCCUGACACAUUUCGUUGACCUCCAAAGAGUUUCCCGCUCAAAGAUUUGCAUCUGGGAAAAAGACUUUCAAAUAGAUGUACAUAUCUGUAUUCGGUGCAGCAUUUUACGAUAUUUUUUUAAGACAUGCGUAUAAUAGAUAAGUUUAAUUACAUUCAUAAAUAUAUACCCAUACAACAAGAUCGCAGCAGCAUUGUGACAUUUCAUUGCAAUAUUACAACAUUGCAUAAACAUUGUGAAAUGUUGCAG